GUGUGUAACUAAAGAAGAACAAUCCGACCUUUUUUGGUGUAUUUGUUUACGUUUUCCAUACAAUUUCGAUCGUGUAAAUAAGAUUAAUUUUAAUAUCGUACAGCAAUGGCAAAUGAUGUAAAGCUUUUGGAGUUAAAACCGAAUCAAAAAUUACUUGACGCCACAUUUGACGGCUAUAAACUAUCGCUGGAGCCGAUCUCCAAACUAAAAUUUCCACUAACCAUUCCGCCGCAUAAAAUCGUUCCGAGUGAGGAACAGUACUCAUCACUUCACGCACAGCUAUUCGGUUUACAAAACCAUUUAGUUCGAGAUCCGUGGUCCAUAGACACAACAUACUUUGCGGAUGCAAAUCGAAACAUCCAGUGCAUCAAAUACAACGAGCCAAUUGGAAAGUUGGAUCCGUUGUCAGUCGUAUACAAAUUACGACAGGGCGAGCGUUCAACCAAUGACUAUAACAUCAGUUUCGUUUUCGUGUCGGAACAAUAUUGCCUCCUCACCGAUGGUCUGGGCGUCAUCCAUGUGAUAGAUACCGGCGAUCGGUUCAAAAAAACCGAAUGGAAAAGUGCUCAUUCCGAAAUUGGUUUGGAUGGUUCGCAUCGAUUUUACAUUGAAGAUGCACGAUUCGAAAUUGCCAACGAAACGAAAUUCAUUUACUGUGUUCUGCUGCACGUGGAGUAUGUUGAAAAUUCCUUUGAGACAUUUUUAAACCUGGUUCAACUGAAGCAGGAGCUGAACGGUGCAUGGGCAAAAACUACCCUGAAAGAGAUCCGAUUGAAGAAUCUUCCCACAUAUUGUUCGCUGGAACCGAGAUCGUCUGCAAUUGUGUUAUGUACCGACCGAGCAGUGAAUUUGGGAGGUGACAACGAUGAAACGAAAACGUCGCAACAAAACAGUGAACCAGCACCGGAGGAAAAAUCCAUUCCAUUUACAUGGACCCAAUUGGACGACGAUAUUUUCAUAAAAUUUAACUUGACGACGGUUCAACAAAAAUGUGAUUUCAAAGUUACGUCGAAGGACCAAUGGAUCAAUGUAACCUACCAGAACGAAUCACUGUUGGAAGGAAAAUUGUUCGGCGAAAUAGAUUCCGACUUGACGACUUGGUCGAUGGAAAGUGAACGUGCAGGUGCGGGUGCACCAUACAUUCAAGUAACAUUGGUGAAAAAGGACACAUCCAAUUCUGUAUGGUCGAGUCUGUUAGCGGACCAGGUUAUUUCCGAUAAAAACGAUGAUGAGCCGGCAGAGGCACAUAAAUACGGUUUGACGUCUGUUUUGCAAUCAGAAAUGGAGGACUGUGACAUGGACAUCAAUGAGUUGGACAAUGAUUACAAUUUACUUCGAAUCAAUACAACUACGUUUACAGUGACCCAUAAACUAAACCUAGGCUCCAAUCGUCCAUUGUUCGCUUUGAAUCAGAGACCCGGAGCACUUCCAGCAAUUGUCAUUCGAAGCGAUGUCGAUGCACUGAUUUGGGCUCCAAAGUUUUCCCCCGCAAAUCCAUCUGAUUGGUCAUUAAGCCACGAGGCAACAUUAAACGCCUUCGGAUACGUGCAAGCAUCAAAGCAACAGAAAAAGUACAUUCAAUGUUCGCCGAAUGCCGAUUAUGCCAUCAUCUGUGAACCACAUCGUCACGUAUUCAUCUAUAAGAUGAACAAUAGCUCUGCACUUGGACUGAAGAAACGCGGCGGCGGAAAGGUGACUAUCGGCCAACAGAAAUUGUUUUCGAUGGAGGAACAAGAUGAAAUUCUUGGUAUGGUGGUGGAAAAUGAAAUUACGAUUUUGUUGACCGAGAAAUAUAUUUUCGUUCUGCAAAUAAACGCUUGAGAAG